CCUUCUCCUCAUACCCUGUUCACUGUCUUCUAACUGUCUCAUCUCUUCAUUGGUCCAUAUUCUCAGUCACUGACUGAGACAGCACAGAAAUUGAACUGGCUUGUGGUCUGGAACAGGUUGACAGAUUUUUAAAUAGGAUGUCUAUAAUAAAUAUUGUUGCCCGGGAGAUCCUGGACUCCAGGGGAAACCCUACUGUGGAAGUAGAUCUGCAUACAGGCAAAGGUCUGUUCAGGGCAGCUGUGCCCAGUGGUGCUUCGACUGGCAUCUACGAGGCUCUGGAGCUUCGAGAUGGAGAUAAAACUCGCUACAAGGGCAAAGGUGUGACCAAGGCUGUUGCUCACAUCAAUGAUACCCUGGCACCUGCUCUCAUCCAGUCUGGAAUCAGUGUGCUAGAGCAAGAAAAAGUGGACAACAUGAUGAUUGAAAUGGACGGCACUGAAAACAAAUCCAAGUUUGGGGCCAAUUCUAUUCUUGGAGUGUCACUGGCCGUAUGCAAAGCUGGCGCAGCAGAAAAAGGUGUCCCCCUUUACCGUCACAUUGCUGAUCUGGCAGGAAACAGAGAGCUGGUCCUUCCAGUUCCUGCUUUCAAUGUGAUCAAUGGAGGCUCUCAUGCUGGUAACAGAUUGGCCAUGCAGGAAUUCAUGGUUCUUCCUGUGGGUGCAGAGUCUUUCCGUGAUGCUCUGCGUGUGGGGGCGGAGCUCUACCAGACACUGAGAAGUGUCAUCAAGGAGAAGUAUGGUCAGGAUGCUACAAAUGUGGGAGAUGAAGGAGGGUUUGCCCCUAAUAUACAGGAAAAUAGUGAAGCCCUUGAGCUGAUCAAGACAGCCAUAGAGAAAGCAGGCUUCACAGACAAAGUGGUGAUAGGAAUGGAUGUGGCUGCCUCGGAGUUUUUCAGUGAGGGCAAAUAUGAUUUGGACUUUAAAUCUCCACCUAAUGCUGCCCGCAACAUCAGCGCUGAGGAGCUGGCCAGCAUCUACCAGGGCUUCAUUAGCAACUACCCAGUGGUGUCUGUAGAAGAUCCAUUUGACCAGGAUGACUGGCCUGCUUGGUCACAGUUCACAGCCUCAGUGGGCAUCCAGGUGGUCGGAGAUGACCUAACGGUCACAAACCCACGCAGGAUCCAACGAGCUGUGGAGGAAAAGGCCUGCAACUGUCUGCUCCUCAAAGUCAACCAGAUUGGAUCUGUUACAGAGGCCAUUAAAGCAUGUAAACUGGCCCAGGAGAAUGGCUGGGGUGUGAUGGUGAGCCACCGCUCAGGGGAAACAGAGGACACUUUUAUAGCUGACCUGGUGGUUGGUCUUUGCACUGGACAGAUAAAGACUGGAGCUCCUUGUCGAUCUGAACGUUUGGCCAAGUAUAAUCAGCUCAUGAGGAUUGAGGAGGAGUUAGGUGACCAGGCCCGCUUUGCUGGGCACAACUUCCGCAACCCCAGUGCCCUCUGAGUGUUAAUGUCAUUAACAGUGGUGCAUAAAAAAGCACACAUAUAAAUUGUUAAAUUUCGCUAAACAAGUAGAAGAUUUUAAUGAUUUUCUCAUCUCACUGAAUUGCAAAACACAUAAAACACACAUAGAUAAGUCUUAAAGUAAAUAAAACACACAGAUAAUACAUUGUAGCUGCAACAUAUUGAUCUAACACCUCAGUAAGUAAAGUCACACUUCUCCUGGUGGGAUUGUUUGUAUCUUUCUCUUUCUUGAUCCCUUUGACGGUCUCGUUUUCACUCAGUGUGGAAGUGUUUUAACUUUUGUGCUGUUGUUUUGUCUGCUUCCUGUUAAUACAAAAUUGUAUCUGUUAUUUUCUUGGAGGUUAAGCUCAAUAAAGAGAUGGAUAUAUCUCAA